CUUUUCUUCUCAUCACUAACCUCUUAUAUCUUCUCAAUUCGCCUGGCCAGUUCUCAAUUCGCCAACCAUUUCCAUGGCUGCCAAGCAAUAUCAAGUUGAUCUCACCUCAACCAUCACGCCGCCGAUCUACAUCUCGACACAGACCCUUCAUUCCCUUCUCACCCACAAAUCCCUCAUCACCCACCUUCAGUCCGCCCUCCCCACCGUUUCCUCCACCAUCCAAUCCCCAGUUCGCCAAGCUCACCAAACAAGCCCUUCCUCCUCUCUCCUCCUCAUGCCGUCCUGGUCUCUCUCCCCUGCUCUUCCUUACAUCGGAGUCAAGCUUGUUACCUUCCACCCCAACAACUCCACCCUCAACUUACGCGGAGUUCACGCAAGUUAUGUGCUCUUCCACUCCCUCACCGGCCAAACCUUGGCUUCCAUCGAUGCCACUGAACUAACCGUUUACCGCACUUCUUGCGUUUCUGCUUUAGCUUCACAUUACUUAUCCAGAAAAGACUCGGAGACCUUUGUGAUGAUAGGUGCUGGUUCUUUAGCACCCCAUUUGAUCAAAGCUCAUUUGACUGUAAGGCCAUGUCUUAAGAGAGUGAUAAUAUGGAACAGAAGCUUCGAAAAAGCCAAAACUUUGGUUGAGAAGUUGAACGGUGAAGGUCGACUUGAAGGGGUCUGUCUCGAGGCGAGUAACGCGUCCUUGGAGGAGGUGGUGAGGCUAGGAGAUAUAGUGAGCUGUGCCACGAGUUCGGAGACGCCACUGGUGAAAGGAGUGGAGUUGAAGGUUGGAGCCCAUUUGGAUUUGGUGGGAUCGUUUCAGCAUUCUAUGAGGGAGUGCGAUGAUGAGGCCAUAAGGAGGGGGAGAGUGUUCAUCGAUAAUGAGGCAGCCCAGGUGGAGGCUGGGGAGUUGGUGGGUGCAUUCCAGAGGGGGGUGAUCACAAGGGAUGAUAUUGUGGGGGACUUGGUGGAGUUGAUCAACGGAGAGAAGGAUAUUGGGAGGAGGGAUUCCGAGGAGAUUACAGUGUUCAAAUCAGUUGGUUCUGCCGUUGUGGAUCUUCUCAGUGCACAGCUGGUGUAUGAGACUCGCAUCAACAAUCAAAACUCCUCCCUCCAUGUAUGAUUUUCACCAUUCUGCAAUGGAGAAUCUUCCGUAGACAAAUAAUGAGCAAUAUGUAUCCUUACCCGUAGAUAAAUAAUGAGCAAUAUGUAUCCUUACCCAACAAUAAUAACUAUGAAGAAACUCGUGUUAAGAAUUGUCAUUUCAUCUGCAAAUUACAUAAUCGUAUCCUUGCUUACCGAGCAAUUGGGC